CCUUUUUUUUUUCAGAAAGGGGAGGGGCUGAUUGAGCGCGUUCAGGUUUGUAUGCGUGUACGUGCGUGUCCUCCUCCCUUGGCCGCAUGACAUGAGCUGCCCUACAGUCUUUGCUGCCACUGUUUUUGCCUCCUCCUCCUCCUCUUCCUCCUCCUCCUCCUCUUCUUCCUCCUCUUGCCUCAGUCAGUCUGUCCAGCCUGGGAAUGUUGACCGACGUGGCCUGAUCCUGCGCCGGGGCCAGUGUCCUUCAUCUUCGCUCUGUGUUUUCGUCUGCCUGCCUGAGCGGCUCCGUUUUCUGAGGUCUUGAAGUGUCCAUUGGAUUUGGAAGCUGAGCCUACCAGACAAAUUACCCAAAGGUUCUGAGGAACACAAACUAUGGCUGUGGCCAGAUGUCCAGAUUAUUUCCUGCAUCAUCCAAAUUAUCAGCCGGACAAUAUAGACCGCUCCUCCAGCCACAGACAGGCGGAUCUCAUUCGUCCCAGCUUCCAGCAGUCACCUGACCAGAGUUCUCCGAGCCAUCAAGAGGAUGACGUGGACUUGGAGGCUCUGGUGAAUGAUAUGAACUCCUCCCUGGAGAGCCUGUACUCCUCCUGCAGCGGUCCGCAGACGGAGUCGAUUCCACUCCUGCAUAAUGGACAGUCCUCUUCCUCACACCACCACCAUCAUCAUCAUCAUCAUCAUAUGCAACAUAACCAGGCGCGGCAGCUGCAGCACCCACAGGUGUUGAGCCACACUUCUCCAGAGUUGCCUUCCUCCUCGUCCUCCUCCUCGCUGUCAGCAGACGUGCCCCGGACCAGCCUCAGAAGGUCACAGCCCAUGCACAUCCUCGCCGUCAGGAGGCUACAAGAGGAGGAGCUCAGGACGUCGUCCCUCCCAGCAAUCCCCAACCCCUUCCCGGAGCUGUGCAGUCCCGCCAGCUCACCUGUUCUCAGCCCGGGGUCACUGCCUCCAGGGGAGCCCACCACAGGCAACCAUAUUGUGAAGAUCUUCAGCGAGGAUGGCGCUGGUAAAGUCGUCGAGAUCCCAGCCGACAUGAUGGCCAGGGACCUGUGCCAGCUCCUGGUGUAUAAAAGCCAUUGUUUGGAUGACAACAGUUGGGUGCUUGUUGAACACCACCCACUGCUGGGGCUAGAGCGCUGUCUAGAGGACCAUGAGUUGGUGGUUCAAGUCCAGGCCUCCAUGAACAGCGAUGGUAGAUUCCUCUUCAGAAAGAACUAUGCCAAAUAUGAAUUCUUCAGAAAUCCCUUGACGUUUUUCCCAGAGCACAUGGUAGCGUGGUGCCAGGAAACCAAUCAUACAAUUCCACCAUCUCAGCUACUUCAGAACUUCCUUUCAACCAACAGCUGUCCAGAAAUACAGGGUUAUCUUUACAUCAAGGAGGUGGGUCGGAAGUCGUGGAAGAAAGUUUACAUGUUCCUGCGCCGCUCGGGACUCUACUGUUCUACAAAAGGAGCCUCAAAGGAACCUCGGCAUUUGCAGUUACUAGCAGACCUGGAGGACAGCAACAUCUUCACUGUCAUCACGGGGAAGAAGCAGCACAGUGCGCCCACAGACUUUCAGUUCUGUAUCAAACCUAAUAAAGCAAGAGGGGAAAUGAAGGAGCUGAGGAUGCUGUGUGCGGAAGAUGAACAGAGCAGGACCUGCUGGAUGACUGCUUUCAGACUCUUUAAGUAUGGGAUUAUUUUGUAUCAGAACUAUAAGUUGCCUCAACAAAGGAAACCGCUGCUUACACCCUUCUCAGCUCCUGUGAGGAGUGUAUCGGAGAACUCCCUGGUGGCCAUGGAUUUCUCAGGGAGGAUAGGCAGGGUGAUCGACAACCCCGUUGAAGCUCAGUGUGCUGCCAUGGAGGAAGGUCACACGUGGAGGCAGUCAGAGUAACCCCAAGGCGUUUGUGCUCACGUUGUGCCAUCAUAAGAAAAUAAAACAUUUCCAGAUUCUACCAUGCGAAGAGGAUGGCCAAGUCUUCUUCAGCCUUGAUGACGGUGUAACAAAGUUCACCGACCUGAUCCAGUUGGUGGAGUUCUACCAGCUUAACAGAGGAGUCUUGCCUUGUAAACUCAAACACCCGUGCACCGUGGUGGCCUUAUGACACCUCCAGAUCGUCUGACUCCAUAACCCCUUGACACUUGAUCUAACUCUGCCUAAAUCAAACAUGACGAAAAGAAAGCCCUUUGGCGGCUUCUUCUUGUUCAUUUUUUGUGUUUUUAGAAGCUGGUGAAACUGACUGGUCUAAUUUUUAUAUUUUGUCGUGAGUCUGCUGGAGACUGCUUGGAAUUUUGGUGCUUUUGCAUGGAGCUUUUUUUUCCUUUUUUUUUUGAGGAGACAGAUGCACAACUUGCUCAUGAGGUUUACUCACCCAAGAAAAUUAAGGAAAUGAGCACUGCCAUUUGUGUCGACACUGCUGCAAAACGUCUUACUUUUUUUUUUUUUUUUUUUUUGCUACCAAUGUGUAUCAGCGAGCACGGGAGGUUUUUGUCCAACGACUCCUUGAGUUGCAGACCGGACAAUCAGCGAGCCGAGCUGUCACACGGACCACUCUAAACCAGACCAGUCUCAUCCAAAACUCCAAGAAUACUGUAAAUGUUUGAGUCUGUCGGCUUUCCUGAAGUGGGUGCAGCCUUUGAUAUUUUGCAUGACAUCUCAACUUAGGUUAAUACUUGACGGCUACACAGUGCCCUCUAGUGUCUUUCAUUGAUAUGUCCAAUUUCAACAUUCAGAGGCACCAGCAGGUUUUAUUUAAAUCUGUAAAAAAAAAAAAAAAAAUCUCUGAUUUUACAAGAUACAUUUGCUGUUCAACCUUUUAGACAUUUGUUUUCUCAUUCAUUUGAUGUUUUUUUUUUGUUUAAAUCAUUUGCAGCUACUGCUAUUGUUUCAAAUUCAAAAUGUCUGCUCCACAUCUGGGUAUUUGCAACGUUUUGUUUCUUUUUGAAUAAGCUACAUCAGAAUCUUUAUGGUUGUUUAUUUGUUGUUUUUUAAAGUCUUGAAGCAGCCGCAGGAACACGAAUCAAUGUGUCAAAUACGGAGCUGUAAGCAGAGACCGGGCAAACGCUUAAAGAAAUUCAAGUUUAGUUGAAAAAAUAUAUAUAUAUAUUUCUCUUUUUUUGUUUUGUAGUUAAUGUAUUUAUUUUUUUGGUUUCUCUGUUGCAGCUAAAUGCAGUUAUUUCAUUGGCUGAAUUUCAGCAAAGCUUCUCGUCGCAUCAAAUCGGGGGGAAAAUUGAUCCGUUUGAGGGUUUUAACUUCAAAUUCACAACUUUUGAGUCUCUAACGAUGCUGUGGGGAACAGUGACCCCUUUCUCUGACCCUCUCCUCCUCAUACAUGUUGCACACAUUACUCAGUCGGGGACAAGCUGUUAAACAUGGAUUAGAAUGUUCUAAAUAUACACUUGGUUUUCCAGGCCUCCGGUAGCUGUUGGUAGUCAGGAUUACGAAAUGUUAUUGCGAUUUUAGCAUUUCAAAUUUACUAUACUUCCCAUAAAACUAAAAUAAAUUACCAAUAAGUGAAAAUACUGUUUUAGAUGGUUCUACCUAGGGUGCGCUCCCAGACGUCAUUUUUGACCCAUUUCUGCUUCCGUAGAAAAGCUACAGCUAAUAUGUUCAACAGCCUUUAUCCGGUUGUCAUUUUUUCUGAUAAAUAAAUGCCACACUGGAGCUUCUGUCAGAAGGAACAAGUAAAAAAACAAAAUGUUUUAUGUUAUUGUGCAAAGAUUUUUUUUCAAAUUGGUAAAAAAUAAAUCCUGUAAAACCGUUUUUUUUACCCAAAAUGAACUUAAAAUGUUACCUUUAAUUUGAAAUGUGUUUGUAAAGGUAGAUAGUCCAACGGAAAAAUCAUUGUGUACCUGCAACACUCUAGAUUUUAUCUACUAUUGCAAAUCCGGCUUCAAAAUGAUAGAAAUGAUGUAUUAAAAGUUGCAGAAAAGGAGCAAUAAAUUGACAUUCUGUGCAAAGUUCCCAUUAUUUAUCAAAGAUGAUGCAAUGAUGUUUUGUUUUUUCACUUUUAUUGUUGCAGCAGGUUGUAUUUAUUUAUCUGGGACGUUUCUGAUUACUUGAAAAUUUUAGAUUUUUUUUUCACAGCGCUGUUCUGUACUUUUUGUUUUGUUUUUUUUCAAACCAUGAAAUCAUUAUUUACUAUUGUAACUGUAAAGAUGUAGCUUCUAUUGGUCUUUUUUUUUUGUUUUUUGUUUUAAUGAUGAAAAUCAUUUUGUUUUGAAGUGAUGUUCAAAGCACACUGAUGCCAGUUGUGUAACCUUUGUCAUUCCAAGAGAUGACGAGUGGAAUGUUGUCAAAUUGAAAAAAAAACAAAACAAAAACAGGAUUUUUCCAAAGGAUAUGUUUCUAAAUAGAUUUUCCAACCCCUUUAAUUAGUCUUUUCUUUUCUCCCUGCUUUGCUGAAAAUGCAUGUGCAACCAUAAAUGACCACCAGAUGUCGCACUGCAGCAACAAUAUUUAUCUGAAUUAACCCUUAUAUUACCAAAAUUAACCAUUUCUUUCCACUUCAGAACAAGUCAAUUUUGACCCAAACACAAAAUAAAGAGUUAAACUGAUCUGAAAUUUGAUCCUAACACGGGGAGAAUGGCUGAAAUAGUUCACUUUUUGAGUAAAAAGGAUUAAUUUUUGGGGGUCCGAUGUGUCCAUGUAUUUUAGGUUUUGACUGCAUUAAAAAAGUAAAAAGUAAGCUAUUGCACCCUUUGAAAAACCACAUUUACAACAUUAAAAUAGCACCUGAUAUUUCAUCUUUUUACAGUUUUAUUUUGAAAUUUUUCAUGAAAAAGGUUGCAGGCCUUGUGUGCUGCAAAAACUCCAUCUUCUUUAUUAUUAUUAUUAUUUUUACAUAUAAUUGUUGAUCUUUAAAAGAUAAAAAUAUAUACGUAGAAAGGAAAGAUGAUCAAUAAAGCUACAACAUUUUCAAACUUUUGUUAAAUGAACCUGCAUGUACGAACGAAAUGUAAAGACAUAGAUGUAGAAAAAACAGAAGUGAAAUCAGUUCAAUGAAAUAAACAUUCUCCCUGCAAAUGCUGCAAAUAAAUACAAAUCAGCCCAUUUGCAUCUGGUUUAAUCAAACUUAAAAUGAAUAUUUUAUGAACAUAAAAGAUUUUAGCUGAUCAUGUAUUUUAACAGUUUUGUUGAAUUGAUCAGACAUUCUGUCCACUGAGAUUCAGUCCAAACUGCUGAACUCCAACUUUUGAUCACAUUUAGGUCAAAGCUGUUGAGAUAUUCAGGUAGAAGUCACAUUGAUAAAAGUAAUACGAUUGUUUGGUAAUUUACUUAUUUAGCCCUAACACCUUUUUGUGCACCUCAGUUGCUCAGAAGUGAGGUUAGAUAUUGUUUGUCCAUCUUUUUUUUCCUUCUUUAAAACAGGAUGAACUUUUUCCCUUUUUUUUGUUAUUUUGAUUAGAUUAAAAUUGUAUUUCAUUUGCACAGCCCAUCUGCUUAAUGAAUACUUGAAAUCAUAUUUGCAGAAAAUAUAUUAGUUGUAGCUCUGGCUGAUUCAAUGACGAAUACUUUUUUAUUCUUAGCAUUAGAAACUAUUUGAUGAUCUGUUGCAUAAUUCCCUGAAAUCCAUUGCGGUGAAGCACAAUGCCAGUUCGUUUGUAACCUCAUUUGGUGCCUCUGCUGACCUCUGUUUUCUGCACGGACACGACCGAACCCGCAGACUCGGGGACUUUGCUGUUUCUUGCAUUUUCAACGAGUAUUUUAUCAAUGCGGUUCACACUGCACUUUUUUUUUUUUAAUCCGCUCUCUGGAAUGAAAGCUUGCCUUUUUUCGGCUGCACUUUCAGUGUACAGGAACCGUUAGGAGCUCACAGUCAGUCGGCCCUGAUCCUGCAAAGAUGGUUGGUCUUUUACUUUUUGACUUUUGUGCAUUUUUUUUCUCCAAAAAACAAACAAAAAAAUGUUGUCACAAUGAAAGCUAGAAUGGUUGAGUGAAAUUCAAAUCUAUCUCUUUAUGGAAACACGUAUUUCAGGGAACGCAGCAACGGAAAGCAGCAACUUGUCUCUUUUUGUGAGAGGAAGCUCCUGUAUUCAAAAUGUGCUUUGCUUCAAUCUGUACAUAGUUGAAUGGCUUAUAAGUUUUACUUGUAACCUUUUCAGGUAUUUUUGUACAAAUAAGGGACUGAUAUAUUCUGUUUAUUGUUAUUAGAAUAAAUCAUUAAUACGUUGAUAUAUAAAAAUCCCUCUUUGUCGUUUUUGAUGUAAACAUGCAACUAAUUCAAUAAAAUCUUAUCACAGCAGUG